GCCGAGGGCUGCUAAUAAAGGCUGCCUUUCCCUUUGCUUUGUUACACUACGGACAAAGGGCUGCCUUUCCUGCACUACAGUAUGAAGACUCCAAUAAAAAUCCUGUUUGGUGUUUUGGCAGCCACUAUUGUAACUCUGCUAAUAGUUACAAUUGUCCUAGUGACUUCCGGUUUUAGCAACGGAGACCUUAAAACGUUUUCCUUUGAUGAUGCUUUUAGCCAGAACGUCUCUUACCAGACAUAUCACCAUCUCUGGAUUUCAGAGAAUGAAUAUAUCCGCAAGACCUCACAAAAUAACCUUAUCAUCUACAACGUCGAGACGAGAGAAGCAUCUGCCAUCUUGAGCAAUGCAUCUUUUAAUUCUGUGAAUGCCACUAAUUAUAUUCUGUCUUAUGAUCGAAGAUUUGUUCUUCUUGAGAGCAAUUAUAAAAAGAAAUGGAGAUACUCUUACACAGCUUCCUAUCAUAUAUACGAUAUAGAGAAUGGGAGAUUUGUAAAGGAAAAUGAGCUUCCACCAAAUAUUCAGUACAUCCACUGGGCUCCAAAGGGCCAUAAGCUUGUUUAUGUUUUGGACAAUAAUAUAUAUUUAGUUUAUGAGCCCGGCCAAACAGCGAUUGCAUUGACCAGCGAUGGUAAAGAAAAUGAGAUAUACAAUGGAAUUCCUGACUGGGUGUAUGAAGAGUUAAUGCUCGGUGGCAACUAUGCUACUUGGUGGUCUCCAAAUGGUAAAUUUAUAGCAUAUGUCCAGUUUAAUGAUAAAGAGGUGCCAGUCAUGGAAUAUUCUUUUUAUGGCGAAGAUCAGUAUCCAAGAACAAUGAAGAUCUCUUAUCCAAAGGCUGGAGCAAAAAAUCCAACAGUUAAACUGUUUAUCGUCAAAGUGGAUGAUCCUGACUCUAUAAGAACGGAACAAAUCCAGGUUCCCUCACUGUUAGCAUCAAGUGAUUAUUAUUUUAGUUGGGUGACCUGGGUUCUCGAUGAACGAGUGUCUGUACAGUGGUUGCCAAGGUCGCAGAACAUAUCUGUCAUUGCAAUAUGUGAUUUCAAAGGACGCUCUAACACAUGGGUUUGCCCAAAGAGUCAGGAGCAUUUAGAAAUCAGUGAAACAGGAUGGAUUGGUGUCUUCUUUCCACCUUUGCCGGUAUUCACAUCUGACAACCUGUCUUAUUACCAAAUAUUAAGCGACCAGACUGGAUAUAAACAUAUUCAUUAUAUCAGUGAUCCUGGGGAAAAGCCUCUACCAAUUACACAUGGAAACUGGGAAGCAAUUUAUAUCUACUUAGUUACAAAUGAAGCCAUAUAUUACUCAAGCAAUGAAUAUGAAGAGGCCCCAGGAAGAAGACAUAUUUACAGAAUUGGACUCCAAGGACCCCAAAGAGAGAAACAAUGUAUUACGUGCAACGUGAGAAGGGAGAGGUGCCAGUACUACACAGCAAGGUUCAGCCAUAAAGCAAAGUAUUAUACCCUUUACUGUUAUGGUCCAGGAAUACCUAUUGUCACACUUCAUGAGGGAUUCACCAAUAAAGAGAUCCAGAUACUAGAAGACAAUUCCAACUUGGAAGCCACUCUGCGUAACUUCCAGAUGCCAUCAGAAAAAAUUGGAAAGAUUGUGCAAAAUGAUAAAACAUUCUGGUACAAGAUGACAUUGCCUCCACAUUUCAACCCAAGGAAGAAGUACCCCUUACUCAUUUAUGUGUAUGGUGGGCCAUCAAGCCAGGAAGUAAAAGCUACAUUUUCUGUUGGCUACUCAACAUACUUGGCGAGUACUGAGGGAAUCAUUGUAGCAUCUUUGGAUGGAAGAGGAACCGCGUAUCAAGGAGACAAGUUCAUGCAUGCAAUCUACAAGAAGCUUGGGACGGUUGAGGUUGAAGAUCAGAUAUUUGCAGCCAGAAAGUUUAUUACUAUGGGAUUCAUUGAUGAGAAGCGAAUCGCAAUAUGGGGUUGGUCAUACGGAGGAUAUGUGACAUCAAUGGUCCUGGGGCAAGGAACUGGACUUUUCAAAUGUGGAAUGGCCGUGGCUCCAGUCUCCAAUUGGGAGUAUUAUGCCUCAAUCUAUACUGAACGAUAUAUGGGCCUUCCGACUAAAUCUGAUAACCUUGAAAAUUACAAGAAUUCAACUGUGAUGACCAGGGCAGAGCAGUUCAGGAAGGUAGAUUACCUCCUCGUACACGGAACGGCAGAUGAUAAUGUGCAUUUCCAACAAGCUGCUCAGAUUUCCAAGGCUUUGGUGGAGGCGCAAGUGGAUUUCCAAGCAAUGUGGUACACGGACAAGGACCAUUCCCUCUCUGGAUCAGCGAAGACUCACUUGUUUACCCACAUGACUCACUUUCUUAAGCAAUGUUUUAAUCUUUAAUAAAUGUGUUUCUAAGUUA